CCGCCUUCCUCUCCGCCCAGCGGGGCGGCCUGCGGGCGGGGGCCGGGUCUCCGCGCUGACCCCCUCCCGUCCCCGCAGAGCCUGCGCCGCGCUCUCGGGAACUCGGCGGGGCCUCGGCUUCCAGAGUUGGCGCGCGGGACGGACUCCGUGGACCUGGCUUAGCGCAGCCGCCGCGCCUCCUCUCACUCUGGUACCGAGCAGAUGGACCUGACCUGCUAUUGCUGCGAAGAGGGCCUUCUGGGAGUGAGAAAUGACACACCCUGAUGACAAGAGAGGCUCCAGCCCUUCAACAGAGAGAAAAAAUCAUUCCAGCUGCAGUGAAGAAAUCAUAGAGACUGGGUGGAGUGGACAUAGUUAUCCAGGUCCAACAGGCGCUCCUCCAAGCGGAGCCUUGGAGGGCAAGGCCGGCACCAUUACCUCCAACGAGUGGAGCUCUCCUAACUCCCCUGAGGGGAGCAACGUCUCUGGGGGCAGUCAGGCAUUGGACAAGCCCAUCGACAAUGAUGCGGAGGGUGUUUGGAGCCCGGACAUUGAGCAGAGCUUCCAGGAGGCCCUGGCCAUCUACCCACCCUGUGGCCGGCGCAAGAUCAUUCUGUCGGAUGAGGGCAAGAUGUACGGUCGGAAUGAGCUGAUUGCUCGUUACAUCAAGCUCCGGACAGGGAAGACCCGCACCAGGAAGCAGGUCUCCAGCCACAUCCAGGUGCUGGCUCGUCGCAAAGCCCGUGAGAUCCAGGCCAAGCUAAAGGAUCAGGCAGCUAAGGACAAGGCCCUGCAGAGCAUGGCUGCUAUGUCGUCCGCCCAGAUCAUCUCCGCCACAGCCUUCCACAGUAAAAUGGCCCUCGCCCGGGGCCCUGGCUGCCCAGCAGUCUCAGGGUUUUGGCAAGGAGCUUUGCCGGGCCAAGCCGGAACAUCCCACGAUUCUACCACAGACUUGAGUUUCCAAACUCAUGGAGCAUCUCACAGCCCCCAGACCUUUGCCUCUGCUGUGUCCUCUGCCCAGAACGCCCUUUCCCUGGCUUCACUAACUGCCGUCUACUUCUACGUCAUAACUUCUUUCAAGCGUCGCCUUCGGAAAAACCUUUUCCGACCACCCCGAGGCUACGUCAUUGUGGUUAAUGAUGGUCUGAUAGCUCCGCUGGACCAGAAGCUCCUUGAGGGCGAGAACCCAGCAGAGCCUGCCCUGGAAGCCCUUUCGGUCCAGCAGGCAUGCAGGUUCGAGUCUCCUUCAGGAGCCGCCCCAUCGCCCUCAGCGCCCCCAGCACCCCCGUGGCAGGGCCGCAGCGUGGCCAGCUCCAAGCUCUGGAUGCUGGAGUUCUCUGCCUUCCUGGAGCAGCAGCAAGACCCUGACACGUACAACAAGCACCUGUUCGUACACAUUGGCCAGUCAAGCCCAAGCUACAGUGACCCCUACCUUGAAGCCGUGGACAUCCGCCAGAUCUAUGACAAGUUCCCAGAGAAAAAGGGUGGACUCAAGGAGCUCUUUGAACGGGGACCUUCCAAUGCCUUUUUUCUCGUGAAGUUCUGGGCAGACCUCAACACCAACAUGGAGGACGAAGGCAGCUCCUUCUACGGGGUCUCCAGCCAGUACGAGAGUCCCGAGAACAUGAUAAUCACCUGCUCCACCAAGGUCUGCUCGUUCGGCAAGCAGGUGGUAGAGAAAGUGGAGACAGAGUAUGCCCGCUACGAAAACGGCCACUACUCCUACCGCAUCCACCGGUCCCCGCUCUGUGAGUACAUGAUCAACUUCAUCCACAAGCUGAAGCACUUGCCCGAGAAGUACAUGAUGAACAGCGUGCUGGAGAACUUCACCAUCCUGCAGGUGGUCACCAACAGAGACACACAGGAGACUUUGCUGUGCAUUGCAUAUGUCUUCGAGGUGUCAGCCAGCGAGCAUGGGGCUCAACACCACAUCUACCGGCUGGUGAAAGAAUAAGAGACUUGGGGAGCAGGGACGGGGGAAGAGAUGUGUGUGUGUGUGUAGGGACAUGGGGUGGGGACCUGCAGGGACAGCCCCUUGAAGUGCCAAGAAAGCUGACCCUUCCUACCCAGGAACAAACUGUGCCUCAACCUGCAGUGCCCAACCCCAAAUAAACCCAAGAUGUGUAUUUUCACAGGACCCCACCUGGCUGUAGGAGCCCUGGGAGGGACUGUGGGAGAAGGGGGGCAGUCUGGGAAGCGGGCCGGAAGCAGCCCCAGAGAUGCAUCAUGGGCAGUUCUGAAGCCAUUGCCCCAGUGGACUCGGCCAGGAAUGUCGCCAGACGCUGAAGGUCAAGCUGGAUGGUCCCUCUGCUGCCUGGAGCCUCUGCACUCUGCUGCUGGCCACGCUGGGAGGCCUGAGGACAGGCGCGUGGGCUCCCAUUCUGUGCGUGCUCGAGUGUGCACCGCGGCUCCCUGAGCGUGCUGCAGCUGCUCUGCCUGGCACCUCUGCUGCCACUGCCGCGGGGCAGCUAACAGGGAGGCCCGUCCAACCCAGGCGUGGGUUUUAGGUGUGGAGGUGACUGAGUUGCUGGAAGGGGACACUGAGCCGUUUAGUUUUAUUCAUCUCUGGUGGUUGUGGACUCCAUGGCCCUGCUGGCUUGUUGAGGGGACUGGCUCCAGAUCAGAGGAGCCCGAGAUGGAGGACAGGAGGGGCAGUGCUGAAGCAGGCUGCCGAGUUGUGCAGAGGCUGGCGUCUUGCAGCACCCUUUUUGGUGGCGAAGGCCAAGAAAGUUGCGCAGAGGUCUGUGGUGACCCAGUGGUCUCUGAGACCAUCCAGUUCUGACUGGUGAGUCUUACCUCCCUCCCAGCCAAGAUGCCUGUCGGGUGGUGACCACCUCAGGGCCAGCCCAGGCAUCCACGCCCUCCCCAAACAGUAGUUUCUGUGCUCCUUGGGGCUGGAGAAGGGUGUGGAACCAAUGCUGCGUCUAGAGGCAACCACCUGUUCAUUUCCUGCUAACAGGCCAGCUUUGGGUUUCAGCAGUCCUGGCUUCAUCCUAGUAUUCCUAGCUGCCUGACUUUGGGCAAAUGUCUCCACCUUUCUGAGCCUGUAAAGGGGGCAGGCAAUAGCACCCACGUUAGAAGGCCUUAGUGAGGAGGAGAGAGAAUGUCUACAAAGUGCCUGGUGCAAGAUGCACUAAACAAAUGUUAUGAUGAUUAGCUUAUCACUCACCUCCCUCAGGGAGGCUUAGGCCUUGCUCUUUGCUGCCAUCUAGUGGCUCUUUGGUAUCAUCCCCAGUGGGAACCACAAUCCCAGGUGCCUGGGAUUCAACUUGCCUACAGGUGUUUACUGUGCCCCACGCUCACUCGGGAAGAUAAUAUAUAUUAAUACACAAAUGAGGAAGACAGUGUCUAGGAGGGGUACAGAGUGGUGGUUAGGAGCAAGCGUCAGACCACUAGGAUUGGAAUCCUGGUGUUUAGCUACUGCCUAGCCCUGUGACUUGGGGUAAAUUCCUUAAUUUCACUGUGCCUCAGUUUCCCCAACUGUAAAAUGGGUCUAAUAACAGUACCUACCUCGUUUAUGUAGAGAGCCUACCAUAGUGUCAAGCACAUAAAUGUGUUUGAUAAAUAUACUUUGUUACUAGUAGGAGCUUUCAGUCAAAGGAGUCAGAUUGGAAAACUGGCUAAUCUGAUCCUCAGACUUUGCUGUGCAUUGCAUAUGUCUUGAGGUGUCAGCCAGCGAGCAUGGGGCUCAACACCACAUCUACCGGCUGGUGAAAGAAUAAGAGACUUGGGGAUCGGAUGGGGAAGAGAUAUGUGUGUGUGAACUGGUCUUCAGAGAUGGGAGUGAGCAGGGUGUGCAUGAUUCAGGGAAGGGGCCCCAGUGGAGAGGGGCUGCCCCUUAACGAUGGGCAGUGUUUGGAUACACAGGCAGGAGGAAGGCUGGCCCUCCUUCCAGGUGGGUUACCUAGUCUCCCUCUGUCCUCCACAGGCCAGAACCCCUCUCUUUAUUAAAAAGCUUUAACAAACA